GCGGGAGGGCGGGACUCCUCUCUGCCCUUCCCUGACUCUAAGCCUUGCCGUUUCCAUGAGGACAGCGUGGAGCAGGUUGCCAGAGACAGGAGCGCCAGAUGGAGGCAGGGAGAGAAACAGAAAGAGAAAGACUGUCGGAGAGAGGUGCCGCCUCCCUCCCGCCCUUGUUUGCGGGACCACCUUCCGCCGAGGCUGCUUCGUCUCUGUGAAAACGCCUCCAGAGUCUUCUUCCCAGGAGGAAACCCACUUCAAGCCACUCCUCCAAGCCUGACUCGUUGGGGAACAGACUUCUCCCCUUCGUCGCCUGUCUUCCUUGGCGCCUGGAAGCAGUCAAUGGACGAGAAAGAGUAUCCUCUGAAGAUAUUGAAAUCAGUGUUUGCUGAGACUGUUGCUGCAAUCGAUACACAUUAUACUCAGAACCAGAAGUUCUUACUAUAAGCAUAUGGCAUCCUAUGAAAGGAGUGUAUCUGGCUGCAUUACCAGUAGUUCAGAUUCAAUCAAGUCCAGAAGCAGCUCAAUACAUUCUGUUGCUAAUUAUAAAAUGGGUUUUGAAGAGUUCAGCAGUAAAGGAAAUGGAGGGAAAUACCUAAUUCAGAGACUCCCUGGGAUGGAACAUUUGAGAAUACAAGAAGAAGCAAGUACCACAGAUGAACAGACACAUAGAAAAUGCUUGAGUGUUGCCUAUAUAGCGAAUGACUUAUGUGAUAAUAUUGGCUUUCCCGAAACACAGAAGCUCAAAGAUAUUGGAAGUUGGGAUGAAUUGUUCCUAGAAAAAUAUCCUGUUGGGGACAGCAUAAAGGACACUGGAGAAUUCAUCCUGGAUCAUGACAUUGAAACUAGGAGGGCUCAAAAGAGGAAAGAGAAGGAUGAUAUAGAUCAGAAUUUUGGCAUUUUAAAUUUAGACCUAUUACAUUCAGAUUUCCCACGCCCCCAUGUAACCUACAAACAUAGCCAAGAGCAUUCUGAAAUAUGGAAUCCAUAUACCUUUUCCAAAAGCAAUAAGUCAUCUUUUGCCAAUGAGAUUUUACAUCCUGGUCAAACACUCAAGUAUGAGAAAGAAAGAGAGGAUAUCAUCAUUUACAGCAAUAUUAGAGAAGAACACGAGGUAGAUCAUCACAAUAGAAUAAAGAACACUUCUCAAAACUCCCAUAUUACACAGAAGGAUGAUGAUCCAUUUGUGUCUACAUUAGGUUCACAGAAAAAUGAAGCUUAUUUUUGGGCUCCCCUUAAUGAUAGUUCAGAUGAGGAGUGUAAGGACUGGACAGAUGUGAAGACAAACGGUUUACAGAUAUCAGCUGCAGGGAGCAAGAAAAUUAAAAGUUCUUGUGACACUGCUGACAUUUUCAGACCAGAAGAGAGGAAGCUUUUCGGCUUCCAAAUGCUGGGAGGCAGACCUUGCUACACAGAAGCUUUUGAUAGCAGUGAAGAAAAAUGGAAUCCAGAAAUCUUGCAGAUCAAAGACUACAAAUCCAAAGAUUUCAAGUGGGUUGAAAAACCUGAAGGCUCCACCGAGACCAUCAAUAAUGUGGAAGGCCUCAGUGAAGAGGCUACAAAGAGAAGCACCUUUUUCAAACACAGGUCUAAGGUGAAAAAAGAUCUAUCAAGGAAUGGCAUGUUAGAUUUUCAGCCUCUACAGGAAGUCACAGAUCAAAUAAAUGAAUCUGAAGCAGGGUGUAUUCCAGAAAAAUAUUUUGAAGGGAAUAAACAUAAUAGAGAAGAUGAAACCAAGAGUACUUUUCACAGAGGUAACUGCAAGAAAGGCCAAAGGAAAACAGAAUUAAAAUCUCAGAGGAAAGAGUCUUUUUUGCAAAUGAACAGUUUAUGUGGGAGUAUAUCACCAAGCCCUUCUGAAAAUAGUACUUGUAAAAUGGGUUCAGAAUGUUUGGAGCUCAGUUACAAAAGUACUGACUUGUGCACUAACAGUGAUUGCAUUUUGUUAGGCACAGUGCCUCAGUUUAAUGAUGAAAGUAUGGCAUGUAUACCCAGUACAGGUCCAAGAUGUUUGCAAGGAAACAUCUCUGAAGGUGCUAUCAGAUCAAUUGUAGGUUCUAAAAGUGAUGCUGAGGAGUUGCUCAGUGCAAGGGUAAGAGAUAAUGUCAAUCAGAAGCUAUUUAGGAAUGACAAAUCCCACUCUGAUUAUAGUGUUUUGGCUAAAUAUUAUUUCUACUUGAAUUAUCUCAAUAAAUCCAAAAGACUUCAAUAUCAAGAAGACAAUUAUUCAUUCUUUUGUCAGCAAUCUUCUAGAGAAGCAAGCAUUUCUGCCCUUUGCACCUGUAAGAGUAAUAGUUUGGAUGAACAACAGGCUGAGGAAUGUAUGAACAUUGAUUUUGGAACUUGUGAAAUAAGUUGCCACAAGGAUAAAAGGACCGAGGCUUUAAAGCAACAAGGUCAUCCUGAACAACAAGAGUAUAAGGCUGUGUUUGCAAGUAUGAAUCCCAAACCUCUGUCUAAUCUUGCACUGAAUACUAACAGAUUAGGGAACCCAUCGAUUUUGAAAGAUAAAGAAGUGUUUGAAGUGAGGAAAAUUGCUACAAAUACCCUUUGUCCUCAGCGGCACUGGGCAAGAGCCAGCAUUGCGUGGUCAGCUUACACACAUGGAGAAGUGAAGCCAAGAUCACAGCAUAUUCAAACACCUGCAACUGGAAACAAGGUAAUAAGGAAGAGUAACUGUAAAUCCCAGAGAUGUACAUCCUCAGGGACAGAAUCCAAAGUUCAUCCGAAUUCUGCUGUUCAAGGUGGUGGUGAAAUCAAUUUGAGAACACAAGGUGACUAUGACCUCUUGCCAUGGCUACUUCUUCCUGAUGAAUUGUGGUUUUGUAUCUUCUCUCUGCUGACUCACAAAGAUAUUUCUCGGGUUUCCCAAGUCUGUCACCGGUUUUACCGGUUGGCUAAAGAUAAAUCUUUAUGGAAGGAGAUUCAGCUCACCAAUUGCCACUGCUUAAACGAUGAUUGGCUGAUCACUUUGGGAAGCCAUCACCCCCAACGCUUCACUCUUGAUCAUUGCCAUGAUGAAUCCCAGAAUAUUACCAGAGUAGGUUUAAAACGGUUCUUUCAGCACUGUGAAGGAUCUCUUAAGGAAUUGAACAUAAGAAGCUGCAGUGGUCCUGGAUUUAGAGGGGAUACCAUUCUGCUUCAUGCAAGUACCUUUUGCCACAACCUAAGGGCUGUAGAUAUAAGCUGGACAGGAGCUACUGAUUCAGGCCUCAUUGCCCUGGUAAAAGCUUCUAGAAGUUUACAGUGUCUUUCUGCUAAUGGAUGCAGGCUUACAGAUGAUUCGGUGGCUAUGUUGAUAGAAGACCAUGGAAAAAGACUUAAAAAACUCGAAAUUUUUGGCUGCCAUGCUGUUACUGCCAAAUGCCUGAAUUGUGUUGCUGUGAGGUGUCCUAACCUAAAGGUCUUGAAUAUCGGCAGAGUUCCCAGGAUUACUGAGGACUGUUUGGCAAAAAUAGUAAACUGUAUGGAAAAGCUAACUAGUCUGAACUGUACAGGGCUCAAUGUGGUGAAGGAUAGUUUGGUUCAUUUUAUUGUGAAAAAAUGUCCUGACUUGGAAUGCCUCAUUCUCCAUUCUUGCUCUCAAGUAACUGACAGCAGCCUGGUGGAAAUUAGCACUCAUUUACCUUCAAUCAGGUACCUUGAUGUUAGUGGCUGUGAAAAAGUGACUGAUGCCGGAGUUCAAGCUUUGGCAAGGAAGUGUCAUAGGAUUUCUUACCUUGAUUUAAGUUCCACAGCAACAAGCAAAAGAGGAGUUUAUUUAUUGGCUAGUUUCUGCUUCCAGACAUUGGAAUGUGUGAAGCUUAGUUUCUGCAAGGAUAUCUCCUUGGAUGCAGUUGGAAAACUAUGCAGAAAUUGCAAAAGCUUGGCUCUCGCUGUGUCUUAUCGUGGACCUGUUUUGGAUGACUGCACCCUCUUCAGACCUUGGAUCGGAAUUUGACCUUGCUACUGCCUUCACCCUGCGAUUGAUGACUACUAUCGGCUUUUGACUCCUGGCUUGCUCUUUGGACACCGCUGUUAUCUCCUGACCUGACCUUGGAAUCCCGGACGACGUCUUUUCACCAUCCUUUUGGAGCCUUCAGCUUUAUCCACAUUGUGGAAGCAGUCUACUGCAUUCUUAGUUUGUUUGUUUGUUUCCUGACCAAUUUGGUGUUUUCUUUUGGGAACUGUUCCUUUGAGAACUACAGAGCCGGCUGGCAGGGCUUGGACUCAGAAAGUGCAGUUUGCACUAAGUUUGUUUAGCUUUGUUUUUACCUGCUUGUGUUGCUGAAUUAUAUUUUUGUUUGAACUGCUCUUGAAGCACUGAUAGUGAAGUGUUUCAAGGUUUUUUCUGUGUUAACAUUACAUUUUGGCUUAUCUGCUGAAUAAACUCUAUUUUUGUUCGCUAAUUGGCGUCUGACUCUUGACAGCAAGGGCUUAACACUUGCCUUCCCAAGUGAAUUUGGACAUUUGGCUUUAUGAAGAAGGAAGUGCCUUUUAACAAUAUUAAUUGUUGUUAAGGAAGACUGUAACUCAGAUUCCAACUCUUGCCUUUGUUUUCUCGCUGUACAGUGUCAGGUUUGUCAGCUGUGUUUGGCACUGGAUUCCUGCCAGGGAAUCAAGUUGGGAUGCUAAUGCAGAUGCUUCUUUUAAUUUCAAAGCAGUUUGAGAGGUUUGAAGACAAAUGAAUUGAGGACAUGGGGAGCUCUUACCAAUGUUAUGAGAAGUUAAAUACAAGAGCAUAACAAUAGCUCUGGUACAACAGACUGAAGGCCUUCAAAUAGCAUUCUGAUGAGCAAGGCCUGUGGUCCCUCAGGUGUUUGGGACUCCAAGAAGCCCUAGCCAGCUUGUCCAGUCGUCAGGUAUUCUGGGAGCUGAAGCCCAAAACACCUGGAGGGCCAUAGGUUGUGCAGACCUCUGUUAGGCAAAUAGUUGCCUGUUAGAAGGCCACGAGCAGGACAUUCUCCUCUUUGCAACUGGUGUGCAAAGUAACUGAUGAUACUCAUGUGCAUACAUACACAUGUACACACAAUUUUUCCAUGGUGUGUACAUGUGUGUGUGUGCACAUAUGUUAAAAUGUAAUCUAAUCUUGUAAAGCUGUUCAACUGCAUCUUGUGGCAAUGAAUUCCAUUUCUAUUAUAUGCCAUGUGAAGAAUCAAUUCCAUUUAUCUUUUCUGAUUUUUUUUUUGCAACAGUGAAUGCCCCUGUGUUCUAAUAUUAGGGCAGAAAAAGAAAUGCUUCUUCCCAUUUACGUUUCAAAACCAUGAUUAUUUUUUCAUACCUUCUGUUACAUCUUUUCUUGUGCUCUGUUUUUAAAGCUCCAAAUUGUGUUAAAUUUUUCAAGGAAAGGGCUAUUUCUGUAUCUCUUCCAAAUUUAUAGUAUUUUUUUGGGGCAUGAUAUUUCAGAUGACCCAUGGUUAUUAUGUGACAGAGUCUGAUUUUGAGGGGAGAAUAGUGAAAACCUAUUAAUGUCUUUGUACUAUUUUGUUGAUUUACAAAUAGAAAGGCAGACUAGAGUGGAGGCAAUGUGAUUCUGUUACAGGAAGCAACAUUUCUCCGGGUCUUGUAACAUGUUCCCAAAGAGAUUGUGUAUCCCAAGAACUUUCACAUACAGCCAACCCAUGGCUUUCUCUUUUUCUCCAAAUUCAAAGCUUUCAAAUUAGCUUGAACCUGUUCUUGAAACUGACUCCAGCUCUGUGGGUUGUUACCUUGUGAGGACUAAAUUCCGGACCAUGAGGAAUAAUGUUGCCAGCUUUCUAGGCUCAUGUAGAUGUUUUCAUUACAGGACUUUGCAACUCACUCACAAUGACCAAGACAGGCAACCUCAAAACUAUAGUUUUUCAGCUGGUUUUAAUUAUUGGUUUAUUAUGUACUGUAGAUCUAUAUGAUGUGUUUAAUUUUUUUUGUAUCUGUGGCUUAUAUUUAUUUCGAGUUUUUGUAUUGUCUGAGAUUCGUACAUCAUCAAAUUGCUGCUGAGUGUUAGCCGCUCUGAAUUCCUCAAUGUGAGAGAGAGGGUGGGGUAUCAAACAAAGUAAAUAAACAAAUAAAAAUAAAUUUUCUGAGAAAUGAAAGCAAUUAAGACAGAGGUGUCAUUGCCCCAUACCACGCAUAUUCACGCCACUCUAUUUAUUCAAAGGCUUUGUAAGUUGUCAUGUAUUGAAGGUUCUCAAUAUUUUUUUUAAAGGAAACAGACAAGUUUUAGGUGCUUAUGUGUAGUUGUCAUAUGUCAUGGAAAUUGUUAAUUACUUAAUUUUACUAAUUUUUUCUUUUCUUUGCAACAGAUUAAGGAUCCUUCAUUUAUAUGGUUGCCGCUUUGUGCCAGAUCUGGAGUCUAUUAAAAAAGUCAAUAAAAAUGUAGAAAUAUUGUA